GCCUGCGUAUUAAACAGGCUACCAGGAGUUCUGUCAGUGUGUUAGAGGUUAGCUCGAUUGAAUAAUACUUUUCAGGCUCCAGUGGUGCACAACAUCAGUUUGUUUUAUAGUUUUCAUAUUUUCAAAGUCUACAAUGAACGCGGAUUUAGCAAAAGAGCGACAAAAUGCUACUUUUGACGUCGAGAAACUGACUUAUAUUCUGGACGGGGGCCCAGAAAAGACCAAAAGAAGACGAGAAAUUGAGUCGCUUGUUUUCAACGACCCGGACUUUGUGGAGGAGGACCCAAACUUCCUGUCCCGCAGCGAACGCUUUGACCAGGCCGUUCGGAAAAGUGCCCAGAUGAUCCUAAAGCUCAGAGAGUUUGGCAUCGCCGACCCAGAGGAGAUCUACCAAUACAAGAGUUGCGUGAACCCAGACAGGCCGUCGCCCCUGGAUCUGCACUUAGUGAUGUUCCUGCCCACUCUGCUCAACCAGUCCACCCCUGAGCAGAUGGACCGUUUCUUCAUGCCCGCCUGGAACCUAAAGAUCAUCGGCACCUACGCUCAGACAGAGAUGGGCCACGGAACGCAUCUGAGAGGGUUGGAGACCACGGCCACCUACGACCCGGCCACUCAGGAGUUUGUCCUGAACAGUCCCACCGUCAGCUCCAUCAAGUGGUGGCCUGGAGGACUUGGAAAGUCUGCGAACUAUGCUAUAGUUUUAGCUCAGCUUUACAGCCUUGGGAAUUGCCACGGUCUGCACGCCUUCAUCGUACCUGUCCGGGACAUGGACACACACAUCCCGCUGCCAGGCGUCGUAGUUGGCGACAUCGGACCGAAGUUCGGCUUCAAUGAAGUCGACAACGGUUUCCUGAAACUGGAGAACGUGAGGAUUCCACGGGAGAACAUGCUGAUGAAAUACUCAAAGGUGGAGCCAGACGGCACCUAUGUGAAGCCUCCCAGUGACAAGCUGACCUACGGCACCAUGGUGUUUGUCCGCUCCAUGAUCGUUAGGGAAUCGUCCAAAGCCCUGGCCAAGUCCUGCACCAUCGCCAUCCGUUACAGCGCCGUCCGCCACCAGUCGGAAAUCCGCCGGGGAGAGCCAGAGCCUCAGAUUCUGGACUACCAGACGCAGCAGUACAAGCUGUUCCCUCUGCUGGCCAUGUCCUACGCCUUCUCCUUCGUCGGACAGUACAUGACAAACACCUACCAGCGCAUCAACGCAGAGAUCAACCGGGGGAAUUUUACUGAGCUGCCAGAGCUGCAUGCGCUGUCUGCGGGUCUGAAGGCCUUCACCACGUGGGAAACCAACUCUGCCAUUGAAGUGUGUCGCAUGUCAUGCGGCGGCCACGGUUACUCCAGGAGCAGCGCGUUGCCAGACAUUUACACAGAGUUUACCCCGACCUGCACCUACGAGGGGGAGAACACCGUCAUGAUGCUGCAGACUGCCAGAUACCUGGUGAAGAGCUACCGGCAGGCUAAAGAAGGCCAGUGGCUGAGCGGCAUCGUGUCGUACCUGAACGAGCCGCUGGACCGGAGGCUGCAGCCGCAGGCCGUCGCCGCCCGACCGCUGGUGGUCGACAUCAAUGACCUGACCAGCCUGGUGGAGGUCUACAAGAUCCGAGCCGCCUUCCUGGUGGAGAUGGCGGCGAAGAGCAUCCAGCAGGAGCUGCAGCGCCGGAAGAGUCAGGAGGACGCGUGGAACAGCAGCGCCAUCGACCUCGUCAGAGCCUCCGAUGCCCACUGCCACUACGUUGUGGUGAAGGCGUUCACGGAUAAGCUGCAGGACGUCGGCGACACGGCGGUGCACUCGGUGCUGUCGGCUCUGGCUCUCCUCUACGCCCUGCACGGCAUCACCAGGAACACUGGAGACUUCCUGCAAUCCGGCCUGCUGAGCGUGCCGCAGGUGCUGCAGAUUUCCGUUCGCAUCAAGGAGCUCCUGUCCCAGCUGAGGCCCAACGCCGUGGCGCUGGUCGACGCCUUUGACAUCCACGACAGGAAGCUGAAUUCGGUCCUGGGACGGUACGACGGCAACGUCUACGAGAAGAUGUUCGAGUGGGCUCGGCGCUCACCGCUCAACGCCACAGAGGUCCAUGAAUCUUUCCACAAGUACCUGAAACCUCUGCGCUCCAAACUGUGAGUUCCUCAGCGGAUCUCUGAGGCCGGCUGGAACCCCCCCACCCCACGACUGAAGCAGAUGAUCCAACCCUGUAGCUUCGCCUGUGUGAUGGUUGAACCCGUUCAGCCGUCAGACGUUCUCCAGCCUCCAGACUAACCUCGGAACCGGAUGCAGGUUUAGUGGGGAGACUAAUCAAACGAAGCGCUCAGAGGACUGAAAAAGGCUUUGGGGUGUGAAACAGGAAAUGAGCACAAAGUAAAAUAACAGUUAAAUCAUGCAGAAUAGCUUUAAGAAUAGAUAGAAAGCUUUCAAUGUUCCUUAAACAGAAGUUGGUGAUUUCAACUUCAGUCAAAUAGACCUGCCGUAUUCCAGUUAAAUAAGGAAAUAACAGUCAUCAAUAAUUUGAUGUUUAUUAAUUAGACAACUUUUCCAAAAGUAUAAGUAUUUGCACUUUAAAUCAGAGGUCCACAACAGAAAGAUAUAUUUUGGCCCCUUGUGCUCUUGUUAAAUGAUUAAAUGGCAUCAUGUAAAUGACUAUGUGGAGUCCAUUCGCUUGGUUCUUUCACGGCGUCCUGCAGUUCACUUUAGAGGAACAUAGAGAACUCCUUCUUCACAUAGAAGAUGGAAAUGUUAGAAGCUAUUUUUUUUUCUUUAAAACAGUUUUAAAUUUCAUCCAGGAAGCCUGAAGGCGAAAAAAUGAAGCUCACAAAAGAAACUGGGCAUUUUCUCCUCUUCUGAAGUCAUUUCAUGGUUAAAUAGGAACCCUACCACUUAAAAUUGCAUUUGGAUUAUUUAAUUUGAGAUGGGGAGAGUAAUCUAGCACUUUAUAUUGAUAAAUUUCCCUCUUUUUUCUUUUAUUGGCACAUUGUCAGAAAUUUCAUCUUCGUCUCAGCUGCUGGGUCUUUUAUUUUGAAAGUCUGUCUGUGCGUUCACUUGUCAGUGUUCAGUUUCAGAGUCACGUGAGUAAUUACCUUUUUUUUAAAUCUGACUCCUGUUGUUAUUUCCUGAUGCCACACAUGAACAGUAAAGUCUGAGCACUGCAAUUAUCUUCUUACUGUGUCUCGGUCACACAUCAUUCCACCGCUUGUAGGGUUUUUUGACCAUCUUUUCUUUAACACAAACUUCAUUCUCUGACCAUUUCUAGUGGUCUUGCUGCUUCUUUUAAAAGAAAAAAAAGGUCGUUCUUUAAUCAGUCAGACAAUAAAAAUGACUUUAGGAUUACAAAUGAACACUAUUGUGAAAAUAGAAGCUUGUGCCUGAGGAAGUUUUCUGUCCUUAAACUGGAGAUUUUCUCUCUGAUUUUCUUUCUUUAUAUCAAAUGACUAACAUUUAUUAAACUGUUGAAAAAAAUGGGAAAUUUCCUGUUAAAUAAUAAUGAUUUUUUAAAUGGAUUUUUAAUGAUUAAAAAAAUGAGGUGAACUAUAUUAAUAAAGAAUGUGUUGUAUUGUCUGUUCAUUCGUCUUUUGCCUUAAUUUCAUCAAAUAGAAAAAACUGUAAAAAUCUUCUGUCAAUAAAGAUUGAUUCAAAAAAGGA